GGAGGCUGUGUCCCCACAAGCAAAUUCAGCCAGAGCAGUGGUCCUGACUGGUGAGGAGGGAGCAGGAGAGGCAAGCCCAGAUUCUGGAUUGCCUUCCAAGUCACUGACCCGGCCAUGCCCGCCCCGCUGCUCCCGCUCCUGCUUCGAAUGCUGCUGUCCCGCCUGCUGCUGCCCGCAGCCCGCCUGGCCCGCCAGCACCUCCUGCCCCUGCUGCGUCGAUUGGCCCGCCGCCUGGGCUCCCAGGACUUGCGUGAGGCUUUGCUGAGCUGCCUGCUGUUCAUCCUCAGCCAGAGACACCAGCCAGACACCGGAGAGGCCUCCAGAGUGGCCCGCCCUGAGAGGAGGGAGAGGCUAGCCCCGCAAAAAUGAGGCCCCGAGUCCUGCUAGCAACAGGGACGAAGUGCUUUCUUGUGGAGUACGACGGUCCAGACACCAUCACUGACCGAGGCCUGCCCAGUGGGCAUUAGCAGGAAUGACCGGAACCAGGCCCCGCAUCUAGCAGAAAACUGGUCUUCACCUCCUCCCUGCAUCCCUCAGGGCAUCUCCUCAUCACCGGGGCCUC